CUGCUGUCCUGCAGUCCUACUGGCCACGGUGGUGUUCGGCUGUGGUGUGAAGUGGUGCUUAUGUCAUCAACAUCCAGACUAUAAAGGGUAAGUCCACCAUCUCUGCCUUCGUCAUUCUAACGAUGUCGCGUCCUAUGCCCCGUCUGUUUGUUAUCCGACAUGGAGAGACUGAAUGGAGUCUAUCGGGCAGACAUACUGGUCGGUCAGACAUACCCCUGACGGAGCGCGGCGAAGGGCAGAUCAAGGCGCAGGCGGACAUUCUCGUCGGUGAAGGCAAGGUCAUUGAUCCCAAGAACUUGUGCACCGUGUUUGUGUCGCCCCGCAUUCGCGCACACAAGACCUUCCACCUCUUGUUUGCGAACGUGGAGACGCCCCACCAUAUCUUGACCGAAGAAUGCCGGGAAUGGGAUUACGGUGAUUAUGAGGGAUUGUUGUCGUCGGAGAUCAAGGCCAAGAACCCCACCUGGUCUAUCUGGAAUGAUGGAUGUCCUGGUGGCGAAAGUGUAUUAGAGAUGCAGAAUCGGGUCGACGCAAUCAUCGUCAAGGUGCGAGAAUAUCAUCGCCAAUAUCUCGAAGAAGGCCUUCACACCCGAGACGUCUGCAUUGUGGCCCAUGGGUAUCCAUUUCCUCUUGCAGAUCGUCCCAUUCUCAUACAGCAAUGGUCCAUCAGGCAUUUCAGUCGAGUCCUGAUCUCUCGCUGGAUCAAUUUCGAUCUUUGCCUCGGUACUCACUUCAAUGUGGAGCCGGGAGGUGUUGCUUACCUCGGGUACAACCACCACUCUCUCAAAGAACCGGCAUUAAAUGCUCUCAAUCUCUAUGCCAAGAUUGACUGAUUGCGGUUGUUCCUCUUAUUCUGAUAGAGACGAGGGACAAAGAAGGGAAUUUAGAAUAUGUGGUUGUCUAACAUGUAAAGACUUUACCGAGUGUACAUCUGAAUCAGACUUGCUUUCUUCGAUUUAA